GGGACGGGAGGCGGAGGCGGGCGCUCUCAGGCCCGGAGCGAGGCGGGCGGCCCGGGCGGCCGCACCAUGGAGUCGGGCCCCGAGGAGUACGAGCUCAACGGCGACCUGCGCCCAGGCUCCCUGGGAUCCCCGGACGCCUCGCCACCCCGCUGGGGCUGGAGGAACCGGCCCAUCAACGUGAACCAUUACGCCAACAAGAAGAGCGCGGCUGAAAGCAUGCUGGACAUUGCUCUGCUGAUGGCCAACGCGUCCCAGCUGAAGGCUGUGGUUGAGCAGGGCCCUGCCUUUGCCUUCUUUGUGCCCCUGGUGGUCCUCAUCUCCAUCUCCCUGGCGCUGCAGAUCGGCGUGGGGGUGCUGCUCAUCUUUCUGGUCAAGUACGACCUUAACAACCCAGCCAAGCACGCCAAGCUGGACUUCCUCAACAACCUGGCCACAGGCCUGGUGUUCAUCAUCGUGGUGGUCAACAUCUUUAUCACGGCCUUUGGGGUCCAGAAGCCCAUGGUGGAUGUGGCGCCCCAGCAAUAGGGCACUCAGAACCUGGAUUGCACCUGCCCAGCCCAGCCACCCAGACCCCAGGAGCUGCCGUGCCCUUGAACUGUCCACCUCCCUACACGUGGCACUCCCCAAAACUGUCAGAGCCCAGGCCAGCCUCUGCUGGGCCAUGUCCCAGGAUGAGCUGCUGCUCCAACUGCGACUGCCGUACAGAAGGCCACGUCUGUCUCUUGGCUGCUUUUCCCAGGAGGCAGCUCCCUCCUGGCGUGUGGGGGCUAGCCACAGGGUCUGGAAGGUCAGAACUGGACAGCCCAGAGAACUGUGCCCAGCUAAUAGUCGUACCUGCCCAAGGACAUGCAGCAGGUCUGUGGAUGGGCUGGAUGAGGGGACAGGGACGACCUCUGUCUCAGAACAUUCCAGAAGGACAAGGAGAUGCCGCUCCCCUGCCAAUGCACCAGCAUCCCCAUCUCUCAUGGGGCCUGCCACGGUCGUCUUGGUGAUCCUGGCUCUGCCCACUUCCUAUCCCAGAGAUGCUGGGCAGCCAGCACUGCCUUUUGGCCCCAGUGGUGGCCACUGUGUCCGGUCUCAGUGCUUGGGCUUGGUGACCAUCAAGAGGGAAGUGGGGCCACAGGCCCCGCAUACACUCUUCACCAGCAGUGACCGAGCAGAGCCCCAGCCCCCUCUGCGGGGCUCCAAGCCCCCAUUUUUCUAAUCAUGAAUAAUCAAUAAAGCUCACACUCCCCCUUGUAA